AUGAGUGUGUCCGUUGUACACGGACGUCACAUGUUCAUGAGGCACGUUAUAAGAGUCAUAUUAUCGCAAUUCGCAGCCCCGUAUCUUUGGGUCACGACACGUCAUCAGUAUCGUGUCGUGUGGCCGUCCCUUGACCUACAUCAUCCUCGCUCGAGCCGCUCACUCUCCCCGGAGGACGAGUUUCGUUUUCUUCGAUCUCAAACCAGUUCCCGGUCGUGCGUGUUGUCGUUGCCUUCCACAUCUCUUUCCUCAGCGUCUUUAUAUUUUCGCUCUAUUCUUCGUGUUCUGUCGCGUCUUCUAGUAUCUGUCUGUCAUCUCCGCGGCGUCGUGUCGCUCACCCGAUCUCCGUCCAGUGUAUCUCGUUUCGUCCGCUGUCACCUGUCACCUGUCACCUGUCACUGUGUGUGUGUGUGCGUGUCGGCGGGCCCGGGCCGCGUGUCGGUGACGUGUAGUGUGUUGUGGCAGUGA